AUGUCUCGGAGGUCGUCUCCGCUCACAGCGGCUGUAUCUCCACGGGAGAGUCGCAGAACCCGCGACGCCGAACUGGAGUCUCUCUCCACCUGUGACGACGAGCACCGCAAUUCCCUGCUCUGGGAUGGGAUGCAGCCUUCUUCCGCGUCGUUGCGCCUUUCCUCGGCGACACAAGCCCCGACGAAGCGAGAGAAAAUGCGGAGAAAAUCUGGAUCGGCUGCUGGCCUUUCUUCGACCUUGCUGGCGAGCGCGGAUCCCCGCGAUCACGUGUAUGGGACGUGUCCCGGAGGAAGAACUGCCGUCAAUGCGGCAGUGCGGGAACUCAGCCGUCUGGAGGAUGCGAGACGGGUGGCCUAUGAGACGUACUGUCAAGAGAGAUAUGAGAGGUCGCAAGAUGCAGCGAAAGGAAGACGGCCCUCUGGGGUAGUGUCAUUGCUGGGCUUUCUCUUCCUCGCCUUUUUCUAUUUCGCCUGGCUCCUCGACGUUCAGACUGAAACGAUGCUCCCAGUCCUCGGCUCGAUAGGCCAGGUGCUGUCUCUCCCGUCUUUUCUCUUUCAUUUUCUGCUCGAGUGCGAAAGAAACCUUUCGUCUCGGCUUUCCUUCAGCAAACGCGGCCAUGACACCCAAACACCCGCCGAGGCCCCCGCUCUUUCGCAGAUUGCUGCGGGCACAACGGAGGGCGCCACAGUCGAGAGACGCUUCAGAUUUCUUUCGGACGACGCGUUGUUCUCCGGCGGCGAAACAGAAUUCGCGCCUCCAGGCGAUUUGGAGAAAGCGCGAACAGUUCUGAAACCCUGGCUGCCUCUCAUUAGACAACUCGACGCAUUGCCCGGGGUCAAGGAGGCUUCAGAAAGGGAGAACAAGAGGGGGCAAGGAAAAGAGACAGAACCCUUUCUGUUUCGCCCGCGUCUCCGGAGAAGAUCGAACGCAACGCAGACCGCCUCCGCGAUGCAGAGUGCGUCUCCGGGACGCGACGACAAAGAAGGACAAACCCGAGAAGACCUGAAGGCCUUUGGAGAUCUGCAGCGGUCCUGUGGGGUGCCUUAUCUCGAAGAUGCGGCUUUCGUACUUCCCGAGGAGACACCACGAAGCGCGCCGCUUCUACGCCUCCCGCGAGACAUGCUCCUCUCCUCUCGUGACGCACCUCUGGCCUUUCGAAAGCGUUGCAAAGUUCCCCUCGCUGGCUCUUCUUCCGCGGUCCGUGCCGCGAGCCGUGCAUGCACCGCGAACGAGUUGUUGGGGCUUCUUCUCGUCCGCGAGAAGCAGUUGCAGCGGGAUGUGAUGAAAGAGGUCUUCUUGACACGGGUUUCCGAGGUCAAGGACUGGGACCGGCUUCGCAGCCAGCUUCCGCCUUUGCCUUUUUGUCUGGUGAAGCCUACGAAAAACGCACUCUUCUUCGACGAUGCGCACUGGGAAGCCCUCGAGUUUCUCUCGCUGCUUCAGAAAAAACCGCUCGACCUGUUCCUCGCGGGCCUCUCGCAUGCAGCUCUCGAGACCGGCAUCUUUCCCCAGCGGUCGAGGGAGAGCCAAGAUGCAGACGACACAGCGAGCCAAAGAGAGAAAGCAAGAAAAGAGGAAACCGACAUUCGCGAUGCUGUCAGCGUCCUCUACAGCAAAGGCCUCUGGGACCUCGAUAAUAAUGUCGCUGUCGCCCCAGCUGCAUUCGAACUCCAAGGACACUUCAAUCGAUAUACCUGGAACUCCGAUGAUGCGAUGAUGCACGAGGCAACGGAGCAGAGUUUUUCGUGGAGUGCUCGGCACGACUUGCCGUCCGGGUCUCAGAUCCUCGUCAAUCAAGGCCAGCUGAGCAAUUUGCACACGUUGCAUCGUUUCGGCAUCGUGGAUGGUUCCAAUCCCUGGGGGCCUGUCUUCCUGUUUCGACGCGUUGACAGCGAAGGCUUUGGGGUGUCUCCGCCGUAUGCCUCCUCCCGCCACGCGCAAGGCGUCGCGCUUCCAGGCGAGAUGCUCUUCGCAAGGACGCGCGAGAACUUCCAAAAACUCCCUUCCUGGAUGCUCAGAAAACGCGUCGUUCCCCGAGACGGGACCAUGUGCUUUCACCCCGCGUAUAAGGCGGAUCAAAACGCCCACUACAGCUGUCCUCCUGUCGCGGAUGCGGUUGAGACCAGCGAAGAGACGGAAACCGCAGAAGAGCCACCCGAGUUGGAUCGGCCCACCGCUCGACAGACUCAGACCUCGUCGGGCCAUGAGGCGAUCGUCUGCGAAGCGUCGGUCUUCUUCAACCGCAGCUUCGGCUUCGGGUCUCUCGUUCUUCACCGCCGCGGCCCCAUCGGCGGCUUCGAUAAGUUGUCGUACCAGUGUUUGCGAGAGUUGCUUUCUUCUUCGCCUCCCGCCAGCAGUCGGCAGAAGGGAGCGCGGAAGGCAGAAUCCGUGCGUGCGGGAGAAGCACUUGGAGACGAGGUGGAACUCGAGGCCGAAGACCUCGAAGAGGCAGAGGGCCUGUCUCUGGCGACGAAGGAGCGGAUGACGGCGGCUCUGCUCAAAGAGGCUUGCUUUCUGCAACUGGAGAGCACGCAACAGGGGAUUUGGAGGCUGACUGAGAGACAGAGAAAAGAAGAGAGAGAAGCUGUGGGCGAGGAAGCGCGCGCACAACCAUCGGGAGGUGCGGGACGGGCUGCGUCUCAGGAGAAAGAGAGGCGAACGCGCAGGGGUUUGACGGCGCUGAUGCUGCAGGCUGCAAAGAGCGACGAGGAGCUCUUGCACAGAUGCGUAGGGUAUUUUGCGAGACUCGAAAAGAGAGCAAAGAUCUGGGAACAGGCGCGUGCGGAGUUCUGA